AUGACUACAAUUGACGUUAGAUCCCGUUCCAAAUCAAUCAAAGGACUCUCUUCCAAUGAAUUGACUCCCGAUGAUUUAGUCUCAGAUCUUGUACAUGAAUUAUGUAAUGAUAAUAACAUUUCUCAACAUAGACUUAGAUUAACAAUGUUUGAUAAAACAACUGGUAAACAAAAACCACUUGAUAUUAAUAAAACCUUUAUGGAUAAUGGUGUACCUGAAAAUGCUAAAUAUAUUGAAUUAUUUGCCAAAGAUUUAGGACCUCAAAUUUCUUGGAGAACUGUAUUUAUAGUUGAAUAUUUUGGACCAUUCAUUUUCCAUCCAAUAUUUUAUUUCUUUAAAUUAUGGUAUGGGGUUGAUACAAUUGAACAUACUCAAACUCAACAAUUGGCUUUUAUUAUGGUAUUAUUACAUUUCUUAAAACGUGAAUAUGAAACUAUUAAUGUUCAUAAAUUUUCCAAUGCAACUAUGCCAAUUUUUAAUAUUUUUAAAAAUUCAAGUCAUUAUUGGAUCUUAUCUGGUUUUAAUCUUGCUUAUUUCAUCUAUGGUCCAACUCAUGAUUCAGGGAUUUCCAAAUAUAUCUUCCAUGUCAAUGAUUUACCAUCUUGGUUAAACUAUACUCUCUUUGGUUUAUGGGUUUAUGCUGAACUUUCAAAUUAUAUUACUCAUAAAAUAUUAGCAGGGUUGAGAGAUAAAGACACGAAGAAAUAUGUUAUUCCAUUCGGAUAUGGGUUCAAUUUAGUCGCUUGUCCAAAUUACUUUUUUGAAUCUUUAUCUUGGUUAGCUUAUGCAUUAAUGGUUGGUAAUUGGUCCGCAUGGCUCUUUUUAGCAGUAAGCGCUGGACAGAUGUGGUUAUGGGCUAUCAAGAAGAAUAAAAGAUAUUUAAAAACCUUUGGUGAUGACUACAAGAAGUUAAAAAGAAAGAUUUUUGUUCCAUUUGUUAUUUAA